GUCCACCGGGACAGCUGGCCGGGCUCCCUGCACGCGCGGGCGGCGCCGAACGGCGCUCGGCAACCACCCGGACAGGGCCAGGCCGUUUUCUCCCGCUCAGGCAUUAGUCGUUGGCUGUGGGCCGCCGCGGGAAGUUGAGGCCUACCACGGAGGAAGCUGCUGAGGUGAAUCUCAGGGGAUCCGCAAGGGCUCCCUCAUCCUUGCCGGGACCCUGGGAACCCGAAACAAAAAUCCUACGCCACCAGCCCGCCGAAUGCGCCCCCUCGGCCGGGGGUCCUGGGUCUUCAGAGAAGAACUCGGCCGAAUGCGGUCAGAAAGCCCGCGAACCGCCUGGACCUGCAGGCCCCGCCGCUUGGAGCUCCCGCCUUUCCCGACCGAGCCCGUGUCUGCUCGUGUGUCUCACUGAUGUCUUAGGUCUCAAAAAAGAGAAAAGGUUUUUAGUAGACAGAAGAGAAAUGGGGCCGUGGGUUCGUGGUCCCAGGGGGAAACUGACGUCGCAUGGGGUCGUCGUCCCUCAGCUUGAGCUCAGCGGAACAUGAGCUUGCAGAGGUGGAAACCACGGAAGGUUUGGGUGUCUUGGAGCUCUCUGGACACCGAAGCCCGGACACAGUCCCGGGGUCCGCACCGCCUGUGACCUGCGGCGGGACCGCCGGGGUGGGCGUUUUCUCAGCUGGCGCGCGCGUAGGUGGAACUUGGGGAACUAACUGGAGCGAAGUGGCAAAAAACCAAGACAGGGCGCGUGACCUCGCGCAGGCCGUCCUUUCCUGUGGAGUAUUCCUUCAGCUAACCCCUUUAUUUCAUGUGUCCAAGUCUGGUUUCUGGGUUUCUUCGUAGUCCCUCCGGGCCUGUUCGUGCGCCUUCACUUGCAAACGUCUCGCUGCGACUCCCAGGCUAUAGCGCAAUGGCGCGAUCUCGGCUCACUGCAACCUCCCUCAGGAAGCCGUGGAAGCUCGACCGCCAGAAACUUCCUUCUCCUGACUCAGGUCACAGUCUUCUGUGUGGCUGGUCUCCAGGAGGUAAGGCCCGCCCUGCAGGCAACACCGGUGCUUGGGCUCCUGCUGAGCAGUUCUUUCCUGCGAGUAACAGAACCAGGGAGGGAGGUGGGCUGUGGCCUCCCCUGCCCCUACAGUCGUCUCAUGCAGCUCCCACCAUGCUGGACUCAGCAGCAGCAGAGCAAGUGACCCGACUGACGCUGAAGCUCUUGGGACAGAAGCUGGAGCAAGAACGGCAGAAUGUGGAAGGGGGACCUGAGGGCCUCCACCUCGAGCCAGGAAAUGAGGACCGGCCGGACGAUGCCCUGCAGACUGCUCUGAAGAGAAGGAGGGACCUUCUGCAGAGACUCCGGGAACAACACCUCCUGGACGAGCUCUCUCGGGCCCAGGCCUGGAGCGGGCCAAGCAGAGGAGCCCUCGGGUCAGCCCUGCCCCCAGAGCUGCCCCCCACGGGCAUCCUACCCACUGCCUCCCCAUCCCCGCUGGCCCCAGACCCGCCAAGGAUCAUCCUGCCUACGGUCCCCCAGCCUCCUGCCACCAUCAUUCAGCAGCUCCCUCAGCAGCCACUCAUAGCACAGAUUCCUCCUCCCCAGGCCUUCCCUACUCAACGGUCAGGAAGUAUUAAGGAAGACAUGGUGGAGCUGCUGCUGCUGCAGAACGCACAGGUGCACCAGUUGGUCCUGCAGAACUGGAUGCUCAAGGCCCUGCCCCCAGCCCUGCAGGACCCGCCACAUGUGCCCCCGGGGGUCCCACGAGCUGCCAGGCCAAGGCUGCCUGCCGUGCACCACCACCACCACCACCACCAUGCUGUGUGGCCACCUGGGGCUGCCACUGUCCUCCAGCCCGCCCCCAGCCUGUGGACGCCUGGCCCACCCUGAGUGGCGGCGCCGGCCCACCUGGGAGCCUCAGAUCCCCCUCUUCCAUCACGGAGGUAAAGUUGAGGCCGUGGACGCCACCAGCCUGACGAUCCUGAAAUAAAGAUUUCAUCCAGAAAGAGUUUAAGAAAAUCUCAGCUCAGGAGCCAGAACAGAAAAGAUCAAUAGCUUUAGCCACAUGGAAGUGUGAACAUCCUGAUGGGGAAAAUACCACAAAGUCUAAUUUAAUAACUAGGGACACCUGUGUGCCACAGCUGUGGCACAGACUCCCACUAAAGAAGUAGGGGUGCAUGGCUUAUGCCUGUAAUCCUAGCACUUUAAGAGGCUGAGGCAGGAGGAUCACUUGAGCUCAGGAAUUCGAGACCAGCCUGGGUCACAUAGCAAGACCCCGUCUCUACAAAAAAUAAAUUUAAAAAACUAGCCAGGUGUGGUGAUAUGCGCCUGUGAUCUCAGCAGCUCUGGGGGCUGAGGUGGGAGGAUUGCUUGAGCCCAGGAGUUAGAAGCUGCAGUGAGCUCUGAUGGAACCACUGCACUAUAGCCUGGACCACAGAGCAGGCCCCUGUCUCAAAACAUAAAAUAAAAAAGUGAAAGAAGCAA